AAGAUGACACAAACAAGGCAAAGGAAUGCUGGUGUUUCAAGGGUUAAAGCCAAGGGGGUACUUAUCUAUGACCUCAGACAGCUGGCACAGAUGCCUCUUGGUGCAGGAAUUUCACAUCUAACCAUUUAGUGGCUUUGGAUAUGCAUUGCCCAGUGUUUCUGCAGUGAAGACACUUGGUGCAGCUUUCUGGGGAAGCUGCAGCAUGUGCUGGAAUGUGGGAUGUUCCCUGUGUGCUGAGGAGUCUGUGGGUGAUGGCUGGCAGGAGCAGGGCUGGGUUUCUCCAGGGCCACUGGGAGUUCUGGCCAUCCUGAGGUGUGUCCCAGGCACAACCUGUAACCUUGGAAGCUAACGGAGAGAGAUUGGAGCGGCUUGGAAAGUAUCCAAAAGUAUCUGAGUAUUAAAAGCAAGUAUGAAAGUCCAAGCACUGCACAAAUAGCUAAUGCCCUUUAAAACAAAAAUCUCAGGAAUUACUUUCAGAAAGAUAAAGACUGUAAAAUGAAAGUGCCAGCAGAAAUCUGAGCAUUUCCCUGGGGAGAGGAGAUAAUUGGUGCAAUAAAUGAAAAAGGCAUUAGAAUAAACUCAGACAGAAAUGAAGGAUUUUGGUGCUCUUCAUAUGGACCUAUUGGCUGGGGUGAACUGUCUGCUGUGGGCCCUGGUGAGUCCUGGACAAUCCCAGAGUGGAUGAUAUUCAUUCAGUGAGGAUUUACCCAUCUGACCCAAUGUUCACAGCCUUUUUUACUGCUGUGCUGGGAUUGUUUGGAUGGCCACACUAGGCCAGCAGCAUUUCUAGGAAAAGCAGUUAGCCAUUCCAGCCUUUUCCAAGAGGCUGAGGAUCACAGAUGCCUUUGGGAGCUCCCUGGACUAAUGAUAAAAAAGACUGUGGUGCCACCUAUGGUCAAGUGAGGAGACUGGCUCUGAGCCAGCCCUGCUGCUGUGCUGGCACUUGCACAUUGGGUUUGCCUCAGAUGUGCAAUAUUUCUGUAGAUUUCGUUCAGGUAAUGUGCCAGAAUUCUUGGUAUUGGAGAGUUUUCAGGAAGUUAUGUGCUCUGACCACUGGCAUGCUGGUUUGGCAUUUGGAAGUCUAGAUCUUACUUCCUGCACUUAGCAGAAAGGUGAGCUCACAUGUAUGUUUUCAUUUUUCUGGGUCAUGCUGGCCCUGUCUAGAAAAUUGAGAUAAUUUUUAGUGGAAUAGAAUAUUCUGAAAUCUACUGACACUGCAGGAAAACUGGGUGAUGGCAUUUGUGGUAAACCAAUUAGGAGUAAAGUCUGACUUUCCACUUUAAGAAUGGCUUAGACCUGAUCCGAUGGACUUCUGUAAUCCCUAAACAUAAAACAUCAUGAUUUAUCCAAUCAUAUGGAAACAAAUACAAGGGCAACUUCACAGGGGGCAAAUCAGUGUCUGAGCUGUGACACCUCAUGGCUGGAGCAGUGACUGCUCAGUUUCUGUGCAGGGUGGUGAGCACGUGUCAGCAAUGCUACCCUGAACCCUCCUCUUGUUCUCCAUCAGAGCUCUCCCAGGGAUCCCCCCAGACGGUACGAAGAGACUUUGGCCUGGCUGUGACUCACAGGUUCUCUACAAAGUCCUGGUUGUCUCAGAUUUGCCAAGUGUGCCAGAAGAGCAUGAUGUUCGGGGUGAAGUGUAAGUACUGCAGAUUAAAAUGUCACAACAAAUGUACUAAAGAGGCACCUGCUUGUAGAAUAUCCUUCCUUCCCAUAACAAAAAUAAGAAGAACAGAGUCUGUCCCAUCUGAUAUCAAUAAUCCAGUAGACAGACCCACAGAACCCCAGUUUGGAACUCUCCCCAAAGCACUAACUAAAAAGGAGCAUCCACCAGCAAUAAACCACCUGGACUCCAGCAGUAAUCCUUCUUCUACAACCUCAUCCACUCCAUCUUCUCCGGCACCUUUCCAGUCUUCCAACCCUCCCAGUGCGACGCCGCCCCCCAACCCAUCCCCCAUGGGCCAGAGGGAUGGGCGGUUCAACUUCCCAGAAAUUCCCAGUCCUGCACAAACAGCACAGCUUCCAGAAACUGCUGCAGACACUAACGCUGCCCAGCAGCCGGGCACGGGCAGAGGUGCACGGGAAGCACAGGUGGAGGAAGCAGAGGCGGAUAAGUCGGAGCCUGAGGACGAUGAGGAUGAGGUGGAAGAUUUGCCCAACCGGCGGCCGCACCUGCAGGGGAUGAUCUACCGCAAACCCAGCCAGACCAGCGUGUACCUGCAGGAGUGGGACAUCCCCUUCGAGCAGAUCCAGCUGGGGGACCCCAUCGGCCAGGGCCGCUGGGGCAAGGUCUACAAGGGCAAGUGGCACGGGGAGGUGGCCAUCAGGCUGCUGGAGAUCGACGGCAACAACCAGGAUCAUCUCAAGCUCUUCAAGAAGGAGGUGAUGAACUACAGGCAGACCCGGCAUGAGAACGUGGUGCUGUUCAUGGGAGCCUGCAUGAACCCCCCUCACUUGGCAAUCAUUACCAGCUUCUGCAAAGGAAGGACGCUGCACUCCUUUGUGAGGGACCCCAAGAUCUCCCUGGACAUCAACAAAACCAGGCAGAUAGCACAGGAGAUCAUUAAGGGCAUGGGGUAUCUGCACGCAAAGGGGAUUGUACAUAAGGAUCUGAAAUCCAAAAAUGUCUUCUAUGACAAUGGGAAAGUUGUGAUCACCGACUUUGGAUUAUUUGGCAUUUCGGGUGUGGUUCAGGAAGGAAGGAGGGAGAAUGAACUGAAGCUGCCUCAUGACUGGUUGUGCUACCUGGCCCCUGAGAUUGUCCGUGAGAUGGCCCCAGGGAAAGAUGAAGACAAGCUGCCUUUCUCCAAAGCUGCAGAUAUCUAUGCCUUUGGGACCGUGUGGUACGAGCUGCAGGCACGGGAGUGGCCCUUCAGGACCCAGCCUGCAGAGGCUCUCAUCUGGCAGAUCGGCAGCGGCGAGGGAGUGAGACAAGUCCUUGCCACUGUCAGCCUGGGCAAAGAGGUCAAUGAAAUCCUCUCGGCCUGCUGGGCCUUCGACCUCAGUGAGAGGCCCAGCUUCACUGUCCUCAUGGAAAUGCUUGAAAAACUGCCAAAACUGAACCGCCGGCUCUCCCACCCAGGGCACUUCUGGAAGUCUGCUGACAUUAACAGUAGCAAAGUUGUCCUGCGUUUUGAAAGAUUUGGCUUGGGAAUCCUGGAGCCGAGUAACCCAAAGCUAUAGCCCGGUGUCAUUGUGACCAUGCUGGCUGCCUGCUCCCACACAGCACCAGAAACCCUCCCUGGCUGCUCCACGCCGAGGCUGAAGGACCAUCAGCUCAGCCCCGUGUCCUGCCUGAGCACCAGCAGCUAUUUAACAAUGUUUACAUGAUACUUUUGUGUGAACUCUAUUUUUUUAAACAUAAUAAACAGUGAAUCGAGUUGAACUACA